UUAAGGGUAGACCUAAGAGUGGGUAGAACCUGAAAAUCAAUCUCGUAACUACAAAAAAACAGCCGACAUUUUUAUAUUGCCAGCCGAAAUUUGUUAUCGGUUACUCGACUUUUUCUGUAAAAAGCGUUGCCAACAGAUUUCGCUCGUGAGAUGUAAGGUGUUUGACUGUUUCUGCCGAUGCAACCUAGAGGGCAAUGGACGUGGACAUUCAAAAGGAGGAAAGCCCGGCUUUCGGACAAUGUUGGAGUCAACUGAACAAAAUUCUGCGUCCUUUCUUUGCUGCCAAGUUCUCAGUACGCGAAAGCGACAUUAUUGCGAAAUAUUUGUCGUUGAAAAAAGAAAUUGAACCGCACCUUAGAUUAUUGAAAGAAGUUGAUUAUUUGCCAAUUUUUCAAAAGUAUGUACUUCAUAUGUUUUCUUGCUAUUUUCACAAUGAAGUGCUGCCGCAAUUCUUGGAAACGUUGAAACUUUUGAAGUCAAGAGACUUGAGAAAAAUAGCUGUAACUGAUGAAAUAUUGGAUCGUUUUUUAUCGUCGGUUAAUGAAAUGCAAAACUCGGUUGAGUUUGUUAUGAAUGCGUCGAAGAUUAUCGAUGAAAUACCCAAUCUAGAGAUUAGCCUUCACUCCAGAUUGACAGAUCUCCUGAAAUCAUUCAUACUAUAUCAUGUAAGAGAAAUUGAUGGGCUGGCACUUGAUAAAAUCUUCAUGGCUUAUUUCCAAGUUUCUUAUUCAGGUUCACGAGGGAAUAAAUAUUUGCCAAAGCGGCGACUCAGAUCUUCUAUAAGUCGCUUUGAUAAAAAGAACCCAGAAUCGACGCAACUUGACCAGAGUUUCUAUAAAGCAUUUAGUUUCCUGUUUUCGUUGUCUCUGUUCGACCAAAUCUUCAGGGAUCCCUUGAAGUUGUUCUUAGAAGUUACGAUUCGCGAUGCAGUGGUUAAUUUAUGCACUACUGAUUUUCUUAACGCAGAAGUCGAAUUUAUGGCUGUGAAAGAUUACGCUGAAUUUGUUUGUCUUAUUUUUGUAUCAGAAAUUGUUGCUCUCAAGUUGGAUAAAUUUAUAAUUUCACCCGAAGAGGAAAAAUUCUGGACGAAUUAUGUGAGCGAAACAGUAAAAGGAGAGGUGGCGUUGUUCCGAAUUGAGCAGAUUUUUGCAAUGAUUGUGGAGUAUCCGGACUCACAACCAGCGAUUGAUAAUUUGAUACACCUUUUGUCUUCCAAGAAGUUAACGAAUCAUCUGGUAAAGUCGGUUAAGUCCGCUUUUGAGACGCGCCUUUUGCACCCUGGAGCUAAUACAAGUGAGAUUUUGACUCAGUAUAUCAAUGCGAUUAAAGUGCUGGGGCAGCUAGAUGACACGUGCUCGAUUCUGGAUAGAACCUGUGCUCCGCUCAUCAAGUAUUUAAGGGCGAGAGAGGAUACUGUUCGCUGCAUAGUAUGCAACAUGACUGAAGACGCCGAACUAGCUGGAGAACUGUUGCGGCGAUGCGAACUCCAAGUGGCACCUGACCCCUACGAGAGCGACGACGAAGACAUAGACUGGCACACCUGGAAACCCAAACCACGUGAUUACAUCCCUGGCCAAUCAGACUUGGACGACAUGUUCGAAGCACCCGUAGUACAGAGUCACAGGAACCAAGACAUAAUGAGUAUUCUGGUCAAUAUCUACGAUUCCAAAGAGAUAUUUGUAAACGAGUACAGAUCACUGCUGGCUGAUAGAAUUCUAAACAGCUCGCCUGAUUUUGACUCAGACAAAGAGUUGCGUCAUUUGGAACUUCUGAGCUACAAAUUUGGAAACGAUGAAAUUAAUAAAUGCAAUGUAAUGCUUCGAGAUGUGGCCGAAUCGAAAAGAACAAACGAGCAAUUAGUUCAAAGUUGGAACGAACUUGAAAGUCACGCGGAAGAUGCCGAAAUGAAAUCGGACAGCGAGAACAGCAAAAUUGUCAAGCCUGAUUUCCCGAUAAGAGGAACUAUUUUAUCGGCUCAAUUUUGGCCCACUUUGAAGGAAGAAAAAAUUGAACUUCCACCAAAGCUAAAACAAGCGUUCCAGUGUUACAAAGUGAGUUACGAAGGCGUUAAGCAAACAAGAACAGUAGAAUGGAUCCAUAAUUUGGGAAAAGUGGAAGUGGAGCUAGAAAGUAAGGAUGGAUCGGUAAGAGAAUUCACAGUGACGCCUUUACAAGCUGCAGUUUUGAGCAUUCUUGAAACGGAAACGAAAAUGGGGCUUGAAGAUUUGAGUUCAAAUUUGGGUAUUUCGGCAUCGGUUGUUCGUAGAAAGCUAGGCGGGCUUUUGUCCCUGGGCGUAUUGAUCGAAACGAAUGGAAUCAUUGAAUUGGUGGAAGACUUCGCGCCUUCUGAAGCUAACGAAGACGCUUCUGGCGGAAUGACGUCAUCGGCUGCUGGUCCGAGCUCGUCUUCGACUGGUCCAAUUUCUUUAUAUGGAAAUGAUGACGAGGAUAAUGAAUCUGCAAUGGCUAACGAGAAAGAGCUGAAAGAGGAGGAGAUGAAAUGCUAUUGGAUGUAUACGGUGUCUAUGUUACGAAAUCUGAAAAGCAUGUCGGCUGAAAAUAUACACUCGAUGAUCAAAAUGUUUUCAAAGGCGGGCAAUUCAACUGAAUUGUCGCAGGAAGAUUUGACGGCGUUUUUGAACAAAAAAGUGAGAGAAGAACUGUUAUGUUAUACCAACGGCGUUUACCGUUUGCCAAAUAAAAACUAAUAUGUAAAAUUGUUUAAUUGUUUGAAAUGAAUUAGAGUA